AAACGCUUGAUCAGGCCAGAGUCUGAGAAAGAUGCCUGCUCUCAGUAGCUUGUUUUCUCUGGCUUCCCUCAUGCUCAUCUGCUGGGUUCAUGUUUGCUUUCCAGUCUGCGUGGAAGUCCCUUCGGAGACAGAAGCAGUCCAGGGCAAACAGAUGAAACUCCGGUGCAUCUCCUGCAUGAAGAGAGAAGAAGUGACAGCCAGUACUGUGGUGGAAUGGUUUUACCGGCCAGAGGGCGGUAAAGAUUUACUUAUCUACGAGUUCCGAAAUGGCCACCAGGAAGUCGAGAGCCCCUUCCAAGGUCGCCUACAGUGGAAUGGGAGCAAAGACCUGCAGGAUGUCUCCCUCACUGUGCUCAAUGUCACACUGAAUGACUCGGGUAUCUACACCUGCAAUGUCUCCAGGGAGUUUGAAUUUGACUCACAUCGUCCCUUUGUGAAGACCACAAGGCUCAUCCCCCUCAAAGUCACUGAGGAAGCUGGAGAGGACUUCACCUCGGUGGUCUCAGAAAUCAUGAUGUACAUCCUCCUGGUCUUCCUCACUUUGUGGCUACUCAUCGAGAUGAUUUAUUGUUACAGGAAGGUUUCCAAGGCUGAGGAGGCAGCUCAAGAAAAUGCGUCUGACUACCUCGCCAUUCCAUCAGAGAACAAGGAGAAUUCGGCAGUGCCAGUGGAGGAAUAG